UCGCAGCAGCAGCAGCAGCAGCAAGCAGUCGCAUACUCGCAAGCAGCAGCCACAGUCGCAGUCGUCGCCUCCGUCGAGUUGAGUCCUACAUUGGCCCAGAGGGUGACCAGCAGCAGCGCCGUGUUGCUUAGCAAAUUCCCCAGUCGCCGAAAUGAACCACUGACACGCCCUCGGCGCCUCUCUUUCCGGCUCAUCUGGUUAUCCGGCUAUCUGGCUACUUAG